GUGUUCGCCAGUGUUUACAAUUCAAUGUGAUUCAAAGGUAUGGCGGAUCAAUAGUUCGCGUUCGCUAUCGUGUUAAUUCUAGUUAAUUCUGUCAAUUCGUCCUGUCUAGAUAUGCCGUCCCGCGCAGAGGAUAUUCUCAAAGGCUUUCAAGUUAAUUGGAUGAAUCUGCGCGAUGCCGAUAAUGGAAAAAUUUUAUGGCAGGGUAACGAAGACUUAUCUGUACCUGAUAUGGAACAUGAGGCACGUGUACCAAAGAAGAUUCUACGAUGCCGUGCAGUAUCAAGAGAAAUUAACUUCAGCUCUGCAGAGCCUAUGGAGAGGUUUCGUUUGGAGCAAAAAGUGUUAUUUAAGGGACGUUGUUUGGAAGAGUGGUUCUUCGAAUUUGGAUUUGUUAUUCCUAACAGUACCAAUACAUGGCAGAGCUUGAUUCAAGCCGCUCCAGAGAGUCAAAUGAUGCCAGCAAAUAUAUUGAAUGGCAAUGUUGUAAUAGAAACAAAGUUCUUCGACGAUGAUCUCUUAGUAUCUACAAGUCGAGUCCGUCUAUUCUAUGUCUAAGAUGAUUUCCGAACGGUCCUCAUAAUCGGUCCACAUAUAAAAACGGGACCAAAUCAGUGUGAACGGAUUUUACAUAAAAAAAUAUGCAAAGAAGUUCUUAUGCGGAUCAGUUUUCAUCUCCCUGAUCUCUUACAUUUUAUAUUUUUUAUGCGUGUAUUAGCAAAGUUUUGACACUUUGAUAAUUUUGUAAUAAUUUACACUGCUAGAGAGUUCAAACACAAAUUCUGACAAAAUAAAUACUAAAUUUUAUCAAUAUUAUUUUUGUUUAUACAAGGCCUAUCUAGAUUGUGUCUUUCAUUUUUACAAUGUAGAGUAAUACUAUGCACUGUUAAGGCACACAAUUGAUUAUUUAUCGAGUAUUAUAAAUAAAUAUAAGUUUUGUACAUAUUGUAAUACACCAAACAAUAAAGUUUUAAAAGAAGUUUAAAA